GUGACUCGGGUGGAGAUAUAUGCAGUUUAACUGCUCUCUAAACAAGAGAGUUUGAUAACCCAUGAUUUUUGGGUGGGAUGGUGAUAUUAUGUGUUCAGAUAUCGGUCUGUGUGUGUCGGUUUUCUGUUGAUAUGAAUAUCUAAGAAUGGGAGAUAAUUAUUAUUAGUUUAUAAUUUAAUGUUAACACGUAUGUUAGGGUGUAUAGAAUUUAAAUGGUUAAGAAAAUCUCUGAUGGAUUCUUGACCAUGAGGUCAAAUAACAAAAGCAUCUUCAAAGUAGCGUCUCGAUAACUUUGGUUUUAGGUGGAAGGUGUCGAGGGCUUUCUUCUCAAAUUCUUGCAUAAAUAUAUUUCCGAUGAUUGGUGAUAAUGGAGAACGCAUAGUUGUUCCUGGCAUUUCAUAAAUUUGACCGUUACCAGAAAAAUAUGUUUCAGUCCCUGUAUAUGCUAAUUUUUCUUUACUGUAAUUACCGAACUACGCCACUGGCGCCGCCGGUUUUAAAUAUACACCGUAUACGUUUUUAUUCAAUAGCGUUCGCAGUCUGCUCGCUUUUCUUUGUAAAUUUUAGGUUUGGUCUUUUUUUCGACGCUCAACGGAGAGUAUUUUGUCUUUUUUUCAAAUAUUGGCAGCGUCCAUAAUAAAGCAGGCGCGCUUAUUUUUAGAUGUUAUAUCGGUGUACACGCCUCCAAAUCGCGACAAUAACAUAAUAUUUCGUUCAGUUUUCCGCGAAAAAUUCCCGCGUUAUGGAGUUCGCCGCUAACAUUUACAGAAAAUAUAUUCAAAAUGAUUCUAACUCGCAACAAAGCUGUACCCGGCCCCCGCCCUUGGAAAAAGCGAACUUCGAUGUAGAUUUGGCCAAUUUUUGCCAAACUCGAAGAUCAGUCUUGAAAGAAUUCGAUCCUCUCUACCCCGCAAGCCCAUGCACUAAAGUUGUAAAUGUUGAGAACGAAAGUGGGGACCAAACUAAAGACAAAUUGGAAACAUUUCCUAUGGUGAGUAUCACGCCAAAUACAGAAUUACCGAUAUCAAACCAAGUAGAGGUUCAGUCCGGCGUAGAUGCCGCGGUGCAUUUAACUCGCCUAUUAGUUGAGGAUGAGACCUCUUCGGAGCAAUCAGGCACCAAUUUGAAACCAAGAUCUGAGCCUACUGCGGCAAAUAAUAUUGUGGAGUAUAAAAAAGCAACCGUGAAUGCCGAGAACGAAAGUGAGGAUCGACCUAAAGACAAAUUAGAAACAUCUGCCACCCUGAGUAUCACUGCACAUGAAGAAUUACCGGAAUCAAACCAAGUGGAGGUCCAGUCCGGCGUAGAUACAGUAGUGAAUUUAACUCCCAUAUUAGUUGAGGACGAGACCCCCUUGGAGCCAUCAGGCAGUGACUUGAAACCAAUACCAGAACCUGCUGUGGCAAAUACUAUUGGGGAACGUAAAACAAUUGUAAAAGAUGAGAACGAAAGUGGCAACCAACCUAAUGAAACAUCUGCUAUUGUGAAUAUUACGCCAAAUGAAAAAUUACCAAAAUCAAACCAAGUAGAGGUCAAAUCCGGCGCAGAUACUGCAGUGAAGUUAACUCCUAUAUUAGCUGAGGAUGAAACCUCCUCGGGGCAAUAUGGAAGUAAUUUGAAACCAAGAUCUGAGCCUACUGCGACAAAUACUAUUGGGGACUAUAAAAAAGCAAUCGUAAAUGCUGAAAACGAAAGUGAGGACCGACCUAAAGACAAAUUAGAAACAUCUGCUGUUGUGAUUAUCACUCCAAAUGAGGAACUACCGAAAUCAACCCAAGGAGAGGUCAAGUCCAGCGCAGAUGCCGCAGUGAAUUUAACUCCCAUAUUAGUUGAGGAUGAGACCUCCUUCGAGCCAUCAGGCGGUGCCUUUAAACCAAUACCAGAACCUGCUGUGGCGAAUACCAUUGAGGAGUGGAAAACAAUUGUAAAAGAUGAGAGCGAAAGAGGCGACCGACCUAAGGAAACAUAUGCUAUUGUGGGCAUUACGCCAUAUGAAGAAUUACCAAAAUCAAUCCAAGUAGAAGUCAAAUCCGGCGCAGAUACAGCACCGAAUUUAACUCGCGUAUUAGUUGAGGAUGAGAUCUCCUCGGAGCCAUCAGGUAGUGAUACCCUAGGGGAGUGUACAAUCGUAGAAGCUGAGAACGCAAGUGGCAACCGACUUAAAUACAAAGUAGAGACAUCCGCUAAACUGAUCCUCGACGAAUACGAGAAGCGGAUUGCAGAGCAGACCAAGCAAUUGGAAACGUUGAUGUCAGAGAAGCAAGCGACAGCUAAGCAAUUUUCUAACCUCGAGUUGGCCUUUUCUGAUGUCUUCACAAGGUACGAAAAAUUGAAAGUGAUUAUAGACAAAUAUAAGAGCAACGAGAAUAUUCUGAAAUUGAACUUGCAGAGCUCCGAGCAAGCGCUGAAGUUAUGGGAAGAGAAAUACCAAAAGCUAAAGAAAUGUUCGGGUGAUGAGGUUUCUCGAAUCGCAUUGGAGAAGGAGAACAUAACUAAAGAACACGAGGAAUUGCACACGUCCCUGAGGGCGAUGAUUAAGCUGCUCGAAAUCAAAUGCUCUUCCCUGGAGACGGCGCUGAUGCAAAAGACGCGAGAGUGUCGAGAGUUGGAGGCCUUAUGUAACGACAUGUCACGCAAAAGCAAAUAAUCCCUUUACUUUGGCGCCGCCCGGAAAAGUUUUAA